AUGGCUAUCGAUCAGCGUAUGAGGCUGAUUAUUUGCUUAAGCUACAACGAUGCCUUGAGACUCGCAGAGAGAAAACGUUCUUUUCAUAUCUCAGAGCUUAAACGCCUUGCUGCAGCAUCGAUACACCAGAAAAAGGAAGAUGUUGCUAGGUUCGAGAAACUUGCGGAAGGAGGCUUCAAUAGAACAUUUCUCAUAACCAUGCGAAAUGGUUUUCAGCUGGUUGCACGCAUUCCCUAUCCGAUAACUGGGCCAAAGGACCUCCUCAUUGCGAAUGAAGUGGCUACAAUGGAUUUUCUUCGCUCCCAGGGUAUACCUGUUCCGAAAGUUUACGGCUACUCUACAGUAUCAACAAACCCUGCAGGCACGGAGUACAUCUUUAUGGAGCUGAUACAUGGUAGAAACUUGGGAGAUAUCUGGUUUGACUUAUUGGAAGGACAGAGAAUCACUAUUAUCUCUAACCUUGUGGAGUUAGAGUCCCGAAUCUUUUCUUUACGAUUCCCAGCAAGCGGAAGCCUUUAUUACUGCGAUGAUCUGCAAGAAGAAGAUAGUAGAAUUAUUGUUCCAAGUACACAUCCUACUAGUGAGAGUCGCUUUUGUAUUGGUCCUGAAACCACCCUUGGAUUAUGGUUCGGUAAACGACUCAAUCUGCAAAUUGAGCGUGGACCAUACAAGGAUUGUUUAGGAGCUCUGACCGCGGGCGCUAAGAAAGAAAUUGCGUAUCUGACAAAAUUUGGACAGCCCGUUCAACCUUUCCAGCGUCUCCGUAGAGAGAUCUACGGCUAUGAGCCACGUUCACAUCUGGAUCACGUAGUCAACUUGAAACAAUACCUGCAAAUUGCGUCUCAUCUAGUACCACACGAUGACCCAGCUCUUGCACGUCCAAUUAUGCGGCAUCCCGAUCUUCAACCCAACAAUAUAUUCGUCUCCGACAAACUUGAAAUCACUGGAUUGAUUGACUGGCAAAAUUGUUCUGUCCUUCCACUGUUUCUUCAAUGCGGGAUUCCAAACAGUUUUCAGAACUACGGGGACGAUGUCUCAGAAUCAAUGCAAUUUCCCAGUCUGCCAGACAAUUUUGAUGAUUUGGGGGAAAUGGAGCAAUUUUCUGAAGUAGAACUACUACGUAGGCGCCAAAUUCACUACUUCUAUGUCAGAAGAACUGCAGAAAUGAACACUGAACACUACAAUGCGUUGAUGAAUGAUGUGAACACUUUAAAGCGAAAACUCUUUCACCACGCAAGUGACCCCUGGGACGGUGAUGAUAUUACCCUUAAAGCCGAUCUAAUCCAUUUAAGAAAGCAUUGGCCAAAGCUUACCGGUGGCUCGGGUACUCCGUGCCCAAUCACUUAUUCAGACGAUGAGGCUACUACCUGUGUGCAGUUAGACCAAGCGCAAGUAGAGGCGGACGAGCAGUUACAAGCUUGUAGAGAAGCGAUUGGCGUUGGAACUGAAGGUUGGGUUCCUCGUGAACUAUAUGAAGAAGUAAAGCAACGUGAGCAAAAGCUUAAGUCUGAUGCUUUUGAUGCUGCUGAGACCGACGAAGAGAGGGCGAAGAUAAGAGAGCACUGGAUUUUCGACGACUUUUGUGAAGAAGAGUAUAUGUGA